AUGGAGUAUUCAGAGGAAGGUUGGUUUGAUCAGGCUGAUCGCUUUCCUCCACGAUUACUAGCAAUUUUUUUUGCAAUCUUUGACCCCCUUCAAGGGCCCGUCGUCGCUUGUGAAGCUCCUGCUGGUUCUGUCUCUUACCAAGAUGGUGGAAAAGGUCUGUUGAUUCCGUUUGAGAAUAUAUCUGACUAUGCCAUUCCCAAACGCGAACUCUGCAACAAGACGAUUACUGUCUGUACAAACCAUUACCAAGUCGUUGGGCAUCCUAUUUCGAUUUUUGGGAGCAAUUAUGAAAGAAACACUCUUAUAUUCAACAUGUGUAUGGUGUUUCACGAAGAAGAGGAUUCAGCAUGCUACAUACCGCUAGUGAAGCGACUUGCACGUAACCUGGAGGUUCUAGAAAAGCAAAGCCGUUAUAUUUCUGAUACAAAAAAGCGUUCAGUCAUAUUUAGUGUCAUUGAGGAAAUUCUCGAAGACAUGAACAACUUUUGUGAAUGCAUGAUUCAGUUGGAUGAUCAAAAUUCAAUCAAUAUCAAGCUAUUUCCAAGCUUUCCUUCACCUCCAGCUGUGAAGGGGUUUCAUGUUCCAAUAUUGACUGCUCAACUAGAUUUGCUUAUGGAUAAAAAUUGGGAUAUGACUGUACAAAAGGUAUACCCGUAUAUUAACGGGAUAAACUCAGUACAAAGGAUUGCGGAAAUAGCAAAUGUGGAUUAUAGUAGUUGUCUAAAAUGCAUGGAGCACUUUCUCUACUACGGGUGCCUUAUCAUUGCUGACAUUUUUCAAUUUCAUAAUAUAUAUGCCAUGACUACGAAUGCGGCUGACUUAUUGCAAGAUCCCGUUUUUCAAGAGGAAUGUGUUUCUUACGUUUCAUUUCAAGGCACCUCCUCAAAAUAUGUGACCUUUGCAAAAAUUUUUAGACUAUACUGUUCCCUUCGACAAGGUCUUCGUGUCAAAGACUGGAUGAACGAGAAUCGCGAAGUUUUUCGAGGAUUGGAUGUUCGAAGAUUAAUCUCUUUUGGCACAAUAAAGGGGCUUAUAUAUCGUGUCCACAAGUAUCCUUAUAUUGAACGUAAGAAUACUAAAAAAAAACUAACGUUUGAAGAAGAAAGGUUACUUAAGAUGCUUGAUGGAACACAUCAUUUUGAUGAGCUGUGCGUCAACUUAAAAAAGUCUCCUAAACUCAUAAACGAAAUGAUUUCAAAGUUGGGGGACGCUUUAUUUAUCUAUCGGUGA